AUGAUGUCCCUUCGAGGAAAGCCCUUGGUCUAUCUGGUCACCGUCGUUAGCUCGACCGGCUUCUGCCUGUUCGGCUACGACAAUGGCCUCAUGGGCCAGGUCAUAUCGGAGCCCAGCUUCCUGAACAUAGUAGGCAAUCCCGACGCGGCGGUGCAGGGCUUUGCCGUGUCCUCCUACGAUAUUGGCUGCAUGCUGGGUGCCCUGGCCGCGCUGUUCAUCAGUGAGCAGAUCGGCCGGAAACAAACCAUCCUGCUGGCUUGCAUCGUCCACCUGGUCGGGGAUGUCAUCAAUGCCUCCUCCUAUUCUCUCGCCCAAUUCUUGGUCUCCCGGAUCAUCCUCGGCAUAGGCCUCGGCCUGUUCACGAGUGCCUCGCCCGUCUGGCUCGCCGAGACGGCCACGGCACAGAUGCGAGCCGUCAUGGUUGCCGUCCAGCUGACGUUCCUGAUCAUCGGUACGAAUAUCGCUUACUGGGUCGAUUACGGUCUCGGCUUCCUCGACAACGAGAUUAGCUGGCGUGUCCCUUUUGCCUUGCAGGCCAUCUAUCCAAUCCUAGCUUUUGCCUUUACGUUAUUCCUGCCGGAAUCUCCCCGCUGGCUUGCCUCCCACGGCCAAACCGAGGCCGCCGCCGUGGCUUUGUCGGCAUUCCGUGACCUCCCCGAGGACCACGAGAUGAUUCGGGCGGAAUUGCAGGAUAUCGCUUCCGCCAUCGCCCUCGAGGCAGACGGUGGAUCCUGGAGUGCCCUCUUCCGACAGGGCCCCAACAAGGUUCGCACGCGAGUCAUCAUCGCCUGCGCAGCCAACGCGAUGCAGAGCUACACGGGCAUCAACUUUGUGGAGUACUAUUUUCCGUACAUCCUGACCAACUCGGUCGGACUUAGCACGAACCUUGCGAAUCUGGUGGCUGGCUGCUCACAGGUUUGGUUCUUGCUCUCCUCCUUCCUGACAUGGUACUACAUCAACAAGCUUGGGCGCCGCCGGCUGUUUUAUCUGGGCAACAUCGGGAUGGGCUGCUGCAUGGUGGCCGUGUGUAUCACACUAUGGAAGGCCACCCACGUCUCCGCCAUUCUGACCAUUGUGUUCUUUUUCAUCUAUCUGUCGUUCUUCACCUGGGGGUGGAUGUCGAACAUGUGGACCUAUCCCGCCGAGAUCGUGCCGCUGCAUGUCCGUGGCAAGGCGAUGGCUCUGUCCGUGAUAUUCCAAUUUUCAAACCAGUUUUGGACAGUCGAGAUCGCGCCAGUCUCGAUUGACAGCAUCGGCUGGCGGACGUAUAUCAUCUGGGCCGUGCUCAACUUCGCCUGCUGCCUGGUGGUAUAUUUGUAUUUCCCCGAGACCUCGGCCCUCACCCUCGAAUCCGUCGACUUUUUGUUCUCGUCGUCGAACAACAUCCGGGAGGUGGUCGCACGCAGUGAGAACUUGUGGUCGAACCACUACCAUCUCGAUGUUGGGGCGGCGGCAGCAGCGGCGGGAAGCGAUGGAAAGGAAAAGGCCAUGGAAGCGGGGGCUGCGCAGGUGUCACACAUCGAGGAGCCUGCACAAGAAUAG